UUAUGCUAUCAGAUGAAACGAAUUUGAAAACCAAAACAAAACUAAGAAUGGAAAUGGACUUUGUUCCUCACUAUCUAAUUUGCUUUCCCAUUUAAUAGCGCUAAACCUAAAUUUGAUAAAAUGAAAACUAACUUCGUACCUCGAGUAAAUCAGCUCGACUCCAUACAGCUAGAUAACGAGAUAAUCAACAUUCUCAAGGAACAAAUUUACAAUGUCCUGCGAAAUUUGCCGCCUGGCAUCUUCAGUGGUUUCCAGCCAGAAAUAAACCUACUGACAAGUUCUGCCCUGUGGAACUACUCAAUCCGUAAAUCCCAUGCUACAUUCGGCCAGCAGAUGCUAUCAAUCACCUAUGAACAGGACCAGCUUGGACCGAACAAAUUAAAAUCCCACUAUGCUCUAACUGUUGCCCUGGGAUAUCUGAAAGAACUAGCCCUAUUCCGGUUAACCGAGUGGACGUUUCUUCAGCGAAUGAUUUCCAUAGUGGAGAAUGCUUUGACAUGCUUGAACUUUGUCAAUUUCUUUCGCUUCCUACGAACAGGACGAAAACCAUCACUGGUCGAUUAUAUACUGCAAAUAGAUCAUCGAUCCAUCGAUGGAGCCAAGCGAAGGAACAUCGGUUAUUCCUACAUGACCCGAGAACUUAUCUGGACGGGUUUUAUGGAACUGCUUGGUUUUACGAUUCCAAUUAUCAACUACCAUGCUUUGAAGCGAAGGAUCAGGAAUUUUUUUAGACUGGAAAGUGGCCCACCGGGCGUCGGUAGGAUCGAACUGAAUGUGGAUAGUAAAUGUGUUUACUGCAAUGAGCGUGUGACGCUUCCGCAUCAUAUGGGAUGUGGACAUGUGUACUGUUAUUAUUGUUUGAAGGGGAAUUUGUUAGCGGAUGCAGGCUUUCAAUGCAAUGUAUGCGACUUUGGAAGCGGAAUUUUCGAAAAGGUUAUUGUUGGUGGAUGAAUUGGUUGUUAAUUUGUAGUUUUGUUUAAUUUAACUGAAUGGCAGGUACAGUUUUUGUGGACCGUUCUAGACUGUUCGCAAAACAAAUUAAAGCGGCAAAUCGGUGGAGUGAAAAAUAUAAAAGGUGGCUUGUGUUUUUUCACAAAUGAAUCCUAAAAAAUU